AUAAAAUUUCUCAUCUUUAUCGGUCUAAGGCUGCAAAUUGGAGGGAUACACUAGCUUGUGUCAUGGCUCCUAAUUCUCCUCGUAGUGAUGAAUUACCAGACACGUGCAGGAAGGAAUUACUUGAAUAUUCUGAACAUGUUAGAAAGUUGGGCCAUACAAUAUUUGAGUUACUAGCAGAGGCACUUGGACUGAAGCCAAAUCACUUGCUGGAAAUGGAAUGUGCCAAAGGACAUUUCAUUCUCAGUCAUUACUAUCCACCUUGUCCUGAGCCAAACAAGACUCUUGGAAUUACAAAGCAUACGGAUCCAGAUUUCUUCACAAUUCUUCUACAAGAUCACAUUGGUGGCCUUCAAAUUUAUCACCAAAAUCAAUGGAUUGAUAUUCAUCCGGUGACCGGCGCUCUAGUCAUCAAUCUUGGAGACCCUUUGCACCUUCUCUCAAAUGACAAGUUCAAAAGUGCUGAGCACAUAGUAUUGUCAAAACAUAUUGGGCCAAGAAUUUCAGUUGCAUGUUUUUUCACAACUCAAUUUCAGCCAUUUGACAGACUCUAUGGACCAAUAAAUGAAUUGUUGUCGGAUGAAAAUCCUCCCAAGUACAAGGAAACAACAGUGAGAGAUUAUGUAUCCUACUACAACUCCAAAGGACUUGGAGCUCGGCCUUCACUUCUCCAUUUAAGACUCUAGGAAUUUUUUCUAAGUAGAGUUUAUAUAUAUGCUUUGAAUAUUGUAUCAUUUUUGUAUAAAAAAUAAGAUUGAAAAUGGAUGGUGAUGGUGAUUUCUGUAGAUUGUGCAGUUGCAGCACUUUGUUUCUCCAAUUAUCACAGAUUCAGAAUUCGAAGUUUGCAUCAGAAAAAUGGGGAUGUGUAAAUGAA